CACAAAAAUAUGUUUUAAAUCGUAAUCAAUUUCCAUUAUCUAGAAAAAGUCAACAAAUAUGAAUUAAUUAUGAAUAUGUUAAGUUAAGAAUAAUUGUUUAAAAUGACAAGAUUUCUGCUAAUAAGUAUUAUUCUACAUCCAAUUUUAGCAUCCAUAGUUGAUAAAGUAGAAACCAAUGAUAAUGGUACACAAAAAAUAUUUGUUUAUAAUACAUAUAGUUAUGACAAAAUAAUUGAUCUCUCAGUCAUCAACACAACAACGCAAAUACUUGACUUCUACGAGGAAGAUGAGUUAUGGACAGGUUAUCCUACACGGGUACAUGUUGGUACUAAUGAUUCAAUCAAAGGAGACAAUCCACUUUUUGUCACCGCUGCUCAACAAAAAAGUAUCUCAUCAUGGGAAUUACCACUGACAGUGAUAACAAAUCAUAGAGAGCUACAAUUUGAUGAUAUAGCAAGAACUCUCUGCCCACAUGAUGCUGGACCAAAUAUAACAUCACAGAGUCGUCCGACAUUGACAUUAGCAACAUCUAGCUCGCAGCCGAUAAAUGUGAAAAUAAAAUUACGCCGUGUUAAAGAUUUCUAUUUGGAAAUGAAUAAGGAAGUCCCAUUAAAUUUGACUCCAAGUACACCAAAAUACUACUAUUUCUCAUUUGACAGAGAUCCCUGGAACAUGACAAAUAAAUUAUAUAAAGGAUUUUUACCAAAGUUUAACUACACAAUACCAAAGAGUGUGUUACUGACCAUAGAGUCUGAAGAGGAUGUUUGUGCUGUAAUAUCCAUACAAAAUAACUCGUGUCCAGUGUUUGACAACGAAAAGGAUGUAAUGUAUCAAGGAUAUCACUUCACAAUGACCACUCGUGGAGGAAUUACUGUUACCCAAUCAAUGUUCCCCAAAGGUUUCUAUGUAGUGGUCAUAGUAAAAGAAAGCGACGAGGAAUGUACGGGUGUGAGUGAGACGGACGAUGUCACUCUGUUUCGUCCUAACGGCAGGUCAAAAACGUUUAGAUUAAAGAUAGUGGAAGCAGCUUCAACAACUGAUUUUCUAAUGGGAGCAUUAGCAUCUCUAGCAUUGAUUUUACUGGUCACUGCGCUUGCGCCGCUUGGUAACUUGCUUACCUGCCGACAUGAAGAAUUAAUUAUAAUUGAAGAAUCGGUGGUGCCAUCUACGUCUCGAGAGAGUGCUGAAGCUGAGCCCAUGGUCAGAAAUAUUAAUGUUUCGGACACCGAGUCGGAGGAUGAUGUUAUAGUAAAAUCGCUUCCCAUGCCACUUAAUGUAGCUGGUUUGAGUCGUCACAACACGCAUAGUAGGAAAUCUAAUAGAUAUUUUUGGAGUGCCUUAACUGUAGCGGUGGUUUACGCUUUACCAGUUGUACAACUAUUGUUCACAUACCAAAGAAUGGUGUUCCAAACAGGUGAUCAGGAUGUUUGCUACUAUAACUACCUCUGCGCCCAUCCUAUAGGCCCCUUAGCAGAUUUCAACCACGUCUAUUCAAAUAUCGGCUACAUCAUUUUGGGUAUAGCAUUUAUGGUGCAAGCGAGAUGCAGGCAUGUCAAGUUGGGGGAAAGUCAGGAGCUAGGUAUACCCCAGCACCUAGGACUAUUCUACUCUAUGGGUCUAGCGUUGGCUAUGGAAGGUCUUCUAUCAGCCUGCUACCAUCUGUGUCCCAAUAAGAUGAACUUUCAAUUCGACUCGUCAUUUAUGUAUGUAAUAGCUGUGUUGUGUAUAGUGAAACUAUACCAAUCACGACACCCCGAUGUCAAUGCGUCUGCGCACGCUACUUUUAUGUUGCUAGCGUUACUUAUGGCUAUCGGAUUCUUUGGGAUAAUGUACCCCAGUGUGUAUUUUUGGGUGAGCUUCACAAUAAUGCAUCUCGCUAUAUGUUUCGUGUUCACAUUCAAGAUAUACUAUGUUGGGCGGUUUAAAAUGGAGCGAGCAAUAUUGCCCCGUGCGUGGUAUAGUAUGCGCCAACAUGGCUGGCUGGCCUUCAAACCUAACUACACAGCGCGCGCAGUUCUGCUUGUUAUUGCUAAUAUGGCUAACAUUGCACUUGCUGCUUACGGCCUCUACGAACACAAUAAAGACUUUGCCCGACACCUUUUGGCCAUAUUAAUGGGAAAUACGAUCUUAUAUAAUGUCAGCUAUGUAGUUAUGAAGAUAGUACAUAGGGAGCAUAUACCGGCUGCUGCGUGGUUAUGGCUUGCUCUUGCUCAUAUAGUAUGGGGUGUUGCCGCAUAUCUAUUUCUGAGUUCAAGGACUAAGUGGUCGCAAACGCCAGCUCAGUCCCGCCAACACAACGCCAUAUGUGACGCGAUGCGCGUCUUUGACACACAUGAUCUGUGGCAUCUUGCUUCUGCAGCCGCCAUGUUUUUUUCGUUCAACGCGCUUCUAAUACUUGACGAGCCCCUUCAAAACACACCAAGGCAUCUUAUACCAGUGUUUUAAGUCAAUAUUACAAACGAAUUAUUUAUGUAAUUUCAACAAAUGUAUCUCUAAAAACCAGCUACUACAGAUAAAAAUACAGUAAUCCCCCCAAUAGUGCGGUAUUUCCCCAUAUAAAGCGGAGAUUUCUAAAGUUAUAUUUCUGUAGUAUGAAAUUUAUAAUUAUUAGUCAAGUCCAUAAUUUAUUAAAAUUUUGUGCCUAGUUUUUGAAGGAUUUUCGAGAAUACAAGGCGAUUUCCGGGUCUACCGCGUUAUAGGGGGAUUCAUGUACAACAGAACAAAUAUAAUACAAAAAAUAUAAUGUAGUUACUGCUAGUCAAAAAGCGUUGAAGUAGUCUUGAUACAAGAAAAUGAAAUAAAAAAGUAAUACGAAUUGUGAAGUAAAAAGGAAUUUUCAAAGAAUUGGCUUGAUAAAUGAACUGAAAUGUAAUCUGUGAUUGACUAACGCCUGAUUUUUAUAUCUAUAUAGAACCUUCUUAAGGCGAAACCACCAAAACGUCUUUAAUUCGCAUUAAUAAAAUAUCAAAGAUUUUUGUAAGUAUCAUAAGUCUCAUUUAAAUUUAUUAUCAUUAUUAUUAUUAAAAUCCUUCAUAAGUCGAAAUUAUAAAUGAAAUGUAAAAAAAAACUCACUGGCGUUUCCUUUGAUGUUCGCGGCUCUAUUGUAUUUCAUUUAAACAAAAACAAAAAUUUCCUUUAUUAAGUUCCUGGUCUUAAAUAUACAUUUUAGUACAUCCCUUUUAAGUUCUAUAACCUGUGUUAGGGAUGCACACUAUUUCCUAUAUGUUGUUACUUAACAAAGGUCUAAUCUAAACAAAACAAUGAACUUACAUACUAAGUAGUACUUAUAAGUAUACCUUAUUAGUCGAAUUACAAAAUACAAACGGCUUGUAACAGUUAACACUUGUAGCUCAGAUAUAAAAACCGGACGUUCGUACAAUAUUUUACAAUAAGUAAGAAAUGCAUUGAUAAUUGUUAAACUAUAACGGUGCUUAUAAUUAGGCAUAAGUGUAAAUUUAACUUAAAAGUUAUUCAAAUUUACUAUAUAAUUCUGUAAACCUUAUUUACCGAAAAUUAAAGAAGAUAAUCGGUAACGAUGGCCUAGUAAUCUCAUGAAAUUCACGAAAUUAAUAGCAAAAGGAUAUAUCUUAAUACUAAUUAUUGCUUAUUGUAUUUUUAAGAGAUCUAAGCAAUUGUCUAGUUAUAUUCGGUAUUGAACUGGAAUUACAAAUAGUAUUUCCGUAUUAUAGGAUGUCUUGGGAGACAAUACGAUUUGUGUAUCAGUUACAAAUAUUGUCUCCUUUUUUAAUAUGUACUUUCUAAUACUGUGUUCUUGAAUAAAAACUAUAAUUUAUAAUUUUUUUUUGUCAUAUUUCAAGAUAUUUUAUAAAUAUUAUUAUUACAUGAUUACGAUGAAUUUGUUAUAAGAAAAUUAGUUAGUAUUAUAUUUGCGAUUCCUAUUAUUUUAUUUACAUGUAUGAACAAUUGUAUUUUCUUAUUUUUUCAUAUAUGUAGUAAGUUAAGUUUUCCGGACCAAACAACGUAGUUAUAAACCCUUUAACACAUAAUAAAGUCAGAUUAAAAAUAUAGCUUCUGCUGUACUUAACUUCUCAAUUUUGUCUCCUUAUUAAAGUUAUGGAAAUUAAUAAACAAUAAAAAAAACAUUUAUUGAGGACUAAAGUAAUGUUUGUGAAUUUGUUUACCUUUUAGAAUAUACCAAAUGCAUAUGAAUUAAAAUUAUUAUUACUGCUUAGAUUUAGUGAUUUUGAAAUAAAUUGUUUAUUAUUUUA